AUGGGUCUUUUUUGUGAUUCUUACACACCCAGUUGCUUGAUUAGUGCUUGUGUGAGUUUUCAAGAAAAUGUGGUGGCUCAUUGUGUGUUCUUGAAAUUAGGGUUUUUUUGUAAUGUGUUUUUUGUUAGUGGGCUAAUUGAGAAUUACUGUAGAUUAGGGUUUGUGAGAGAGGGGGAGAGGUGUUUUGAGGAGUGUGCGGUGGUUGAUUGUGUUGUUUGGACUGCUAUGAUUAAUGGGUUUGUUGUGAAUGGGUGGUUUAGUGAGGCUAGGGAGAUUUUCUUGAAAAUGAGAUGGUUAGGGUUGGAAAUUAAUGAGUUCUGUUUGAGUGGUAUGCUUGGUGGGUUGUUUGAUGUUGUUGAGGGGGAGCAAAUUCAUGGGUUUUUAGUGAAGAUGGGAAUUUUAUGUGGGUGUUCAAGUCAUGUUAAUAAUGCACUUAUGAAUAUGUAUAGUAGGUUUGGGUAUAGGGUAUGUGCAGUUAAGGUGUUUGAUGAAAAUCCGAGACCGGAUGUGGUUUCGUGGUCGGGGAGGAUUAAUGCUGCUUAUGAUGGACUGGAGGCUUAUAGUUUGUUUAAAAUGUGUGUUGAUAGAGGUUUGGAGAUUAAUGAGUUUUGUAUUACUAAUACUUUGUCAGUGGUGGGAGGAGCGGAUGUGUUAGGAUGGGGAAAACAAAUUCAUGGUCUUUGUUGCAAGGAUGGGUAUUUGACUGAGUCAUCUGUUUGUGGUGCUUUGAUAUUUAUGUAUGGGAAGUGUGGGGAAAUGAGUGAUGCUGAACGGUUGUUUGACGAAAUGGUGUUUCAAGACUCUGUUUCUUGGAAUGCUUUGAUAAGUUGUUAUGCUGAAAAUGGACUUCAAGAUCAAGCUAUUGCACUGUUUUCUGAAAUGCAAAAGUUUCGAGUAGAGAUUAAUAAAUAUACUCUUGCCAGUGUUCUUAGAGCAGCAUCGCGUUCUGAUUCCUCAAAGCAGGCAAUGCAAAUCCAUUCAAUCAUAGUCAAGCUUGGCUUCGUGUCAGAUGAAUCCAUGCAGACCUGUUUAAUGACAACGUAUGGGAAAUGCAAUGCUAUUACUGAAUCAAAAAGGCUGUUUUCUGAGAUUGAUCGUGUGAAUACUGUACAUCUCAAUGCAAUGUUAAGCACAUGUAUUCAUGCUGGCUGCCAUGCUGAUGUGCUGGAAUUUUUCCAAGCGAGAUGGAGCCAGUGCUUGGCAGUUGAUCAUGUGACUUUUACUGUGCUUUUUAAAGCUUGUGGCUUUUUGACAAAUUUAGAUCAUGGGAAAACUAUCCAUUCUCUGAUUCUGAAAUUGGGCAUGGAUAAGAAUAUAUUUAUUAAGAGUGCUGUUAUAGAUGCUUAUUGCAAGUGUGGAAGUAUAAAUGAUGCAGAGAAGGCUCUUAGAGAUAAAGAUCAACACAAUUUAGCAGCUUGGAAUGCUAUGAUGAUGGGAUAUGCUCAAUGUGGCAGAUAUCACGAAGUUUGCAAUUUAUUAAGCACAAUGUCUGAAUGUGGGGUGCAACCCGAUGAGAUAAGUUACCUUAGUGUUCUUAGUUCCUGUUGUCAUGCAGGACUGGUGAAUGAAGCAAAAUAUCACUUGAGUUCCAUGUUCGAUCUUCAUGGAGUGGUCCCAUGUUUAGAACACUAUGCUUGUGUAGUUGACGUUCUGGGUCGAGUUGGUCUGCUUGAAGAGGCAGAAAGGACUAUUUCUCAAAUGUCUAUUGUCCCUGAUGCCCAAAUAUGGCAAAUUCUUCUAUCAGCAUGCCAUGUUCACGGAAACAUUGAUCUAGGACAAGUUGCGGCAAGGAAACUUCUUGAGCUGCAGCCUGAAAAUGACUCUGUUUAUGUUCUUCUCUCCAAUCUCUAUGCUUCUGCUGGCAUGUGGAAUGUUGUUAGUAAAUUGAGAAGGAGAAUGAAGGCAAAAAUAGUGGACAAGGAACCUGGUUCGAGUUGGACUCAGGUUAAAGGGGCCAUUCAUUACUUUUUUGCUGCUGAUGCAUCUCAUCCUGAGUGUAAGGAAAUUUAUUUCAAUCUGCAACUUUUGAGUAAUCAGAUGGCGGAAAUACCUGAUGAAAAGGAAGAUGGCAUAAGUUGCUAUGCAGACAUUGAAUAA